UCGCCAUUUUAUUUUUACAAAAACAUAGUUAAAUGUCCUUGAAACAUGGGGAAAUAGGCCUCAGCCUAUUUGAAAGACCAGGCUGACCCUGAAAGUAGAGAUACUUCAAUGACCAGUUUUUCCAAAAAUGGGCCCUAAGCACAUGGAUCCUGGCCUUAUAAGGUCCUCAGAGUUCCUGGCCCAGCUCACCCUAAAGAGUUUGGAAACUGCACCAAAUGGGCCCAGUUUGUCCAUGGAUUAUCUCCCUGUAUCCUUUCAACAAGAAGGACCAACUGGUAACUAAGCUAUAUUGUGAUAGUUUGCCUCUGAGGGUUUUGAAUUCUCAGCUGGGAUUGAAUUUUGCUCACCAUGACAUCCCUUAGGCUUAGCACAGCCUCUGGUAUGCAUGUGCAUGCAGUUACUCUUUGAACCGGUAAGACCGCAGCUGGAGCUAGCCAGGGCUGCUUCAGGCACAAGGACUGUUGUAUAGAUACCUUGGCCUUGGUACACCUUUGGUGUGACAGAGCUGUAUCCACAGAGAGCAUUAAGAAGUUGGGAGGUGUGAUUCCUUGACUCAUUUUCUUGGUUGCCUGCCUCUAUUUUUUUUUUGUUUUUUUUAGAUGGAGCUUUGCUCUUGUUGCCCAGGCUGGAGUGCAAUGGUGUGAUCUCAGCUCACUGCAACCUCUGCCUCCCAGGUUCAAGCAGUUCUGCCUCACCCUGCUGAGUAGCUGGGAUUAUAGGCGCCCGCCACUACGUCUGGCUGAUUUUUGUAUUUUCAGUAGAGACAGGAUUUCACCAUGUUGGCCAGGCUGGUCUCGAGCUCCUGAUCUCAGGUGAUCCGCCUGCUCUGCCUCCCAAAGUACUGAGAUUACAGGUGUGAGCUACCCCGCCCAGCCUCUAUUUUUUCUUAGAUUGAAUAUUGAAGGGGCAAGGAUUAUAUUGUUUUUGUCUAUAGUUCCAAGUAAUUUAGCUCAAAGCCAAUGUCUAAAAGUAAAUGCCUUUAAAGCUCUGGGUUUACUGUGGGUGGUGGGGCACAAACGGAGACUUUCAGACCCCAAAAAAUAUGACUCCCUUCUCUGUUACUUAUGGACAAAGCCAUCUGCCUGGGGACUUGUCUGUGGCAACAUGCUGGGAAGGUCCUAAAACUCAAGUCUCUGUUUCCCUUCUAGUCCCUUAGCACUGAGUUGGGAAAGAAGUCUGGUGGGGAAGCAGUGAGACAUAGGUUGUGUAGGUGACUGGCUGGGGGAUGGACUGGAUCUCUGUCUUCCUAGGGUUAGAUCUGGCUGGUAAUCAGGUGGUGGAAGCACUGCAGUGCCCUUUGUUGCUCCUAUUGGGCCAGUCUCACAUCUUCCCGGUUUCCUUCCUUGGAGCAAGGCCUUUUCCAGGAUCCAGCCAUGCUCUUCAGUGUAUCCUUGAGCUCCUGUUUAUUGAAGGGACUUCUGCUGUUUCUGCAUUGGCUCCCUUGAGGCUCUCAGCAGUACUCCCUGGACCCUCCCUGGUGUCUGGAGGUUAUGGGCAGUGUUUUGGCUUCUUAGGGAGAAGAAGACAGUUCACAGAGCAAGGGAGAUCCCAGAUGCAGAUGUAUAAGCAGGGCAAUGCAGAGUUCUCACUAGCUGAGUAAUAAGCAUCUAGUCAGGCAAAGUGUAGUGUUGACAGACCUGAGAUUUAAAAAACAGAAGUGUGGUCCGGUCUUACCACCAUCUCUUGGAGGGGUAGCCUGUGGGUGGGUGAAGGUGCAAAACUCUUAUGGAAGAACAGGAGUACUGAGAGACCUCUGGCCAGGAAGGAAGGCUAGGAGUCGCCUGGAGAGGCCUUGUAGCCAUUUCCCUUACCUGUGGUACCCCAAGUUGGCUGCAGAUCUCUUUGCCAAGCACAGGUCUGACCUAGAGACUGGCCUUACCACAAAUGUUUGUGUUACCAAGAAAACAAAUGGGCGUUGAAAGGAAAGGGCAAUGGGUAGGAAGAGAACUAUUUACAAUCUGGUCACUUAAAUCACAGGGAAAUUUUGGGUCAGUCAGUCAUUUCUCUUUCCUCAUUAAUAAAAAUGAAACACUUAGCUGCUCUAUCUGCUGCAAAAAAACCUUACAGAAUGUUUUGGGGACCCCUGACUGUAGAAGUUUGAGGGUAACCUCUCCAACCAAGCCCCACCUGAGGGACAUUUGAGUCUCCGUCCCAAAAAUAUCCUAGCCUGCUCGAAACCAGCUUUGGGCCCGACUCGCAGAGGUGCAGGCGCACGAAUGUUGGGAUUGCAGGAGCUGUGCGUUCCGCCCGGCCUGGUUAAGGCCACACAGCUCGGAAGAGUAACAGCGGCAGCCAUAGCCCCAAGGGGAGGGGGUUUCGUGAGCGGAAACGGCCCAGGGGCCCAGGGAGGGGCAGCUGGGCCAGCUUGGGGCCGGGCUGGGCUCCCACGGAGGCGGGGCCAACCCCCACCCCAGUGCACAGACCGGGCGGGGCCGAGCCAGCUGAGACCAGGCGACAACUGAGCCCUGACCCUAGCCUGGCGCCAACCUCCAGUGUUCCAGAGGCUUCCGCUAGACCACAAUUCUCAGGGGCUUGCCCCGGCAGCCUCCCUCCCUGGCUUAGCCUCACCUCCCGCGCUGCGGGCCGUGUCUGGGCCUCCGCGCAUAGCACGCCGGGAAUUGUAGUUUUCUCUCGGCGCGCUCAUGCCGGAAAGGGGGGGCGGCGGGACUGCGUCUCCCAGAGUGCAGCGGGGCGGGCGAAGGAAGGCAGGGGGGAAGGGACAGUCGGUCGCAGACCGCGCUGGGUUGCCGCCGCCGCUGCCGCCAUCGUGCCAGCCCCUCGGGUCUCCGUGAGGCCGGGUGACGCUCCAGAAUGGGAGACAAGCCAAUUUGGGAGCAGAUUGGAUCCAGCUUCAUUCAACAUUACUACCAGUUAUUUGAUAAUGAUAGAACCCAACUAGGCGCAAUUUACAUUGACGCGUCAUGCCUUACGUGGGAAGGACAACAGUUCCAGGGGAAAGCUGCCAUUGUGGAGAAGUUGUCUAGCCUUCCGUUCCAGAAAAUCCAGCACAGCAUCACUGCGCAGGACCAUCAGCCCACUCCAGAUAGCUGCAUCAUCAGCAUGGUUGUGGGCCAGCUUAAGGCGGAUGAAGACCCCAUCAUGGGGUUCCACCAGAUGUUCCUAUUAAAGAACAUCAACGAUGCUUGGGUUUGCACCAAUGACAUGUUCAGGCUCGCCCUGCACAACUUUGGCUGACCUCCUCUCAGCUAGGCACUCACGCUGUUUCCUCCUCCCUCCUCUUCCCAAUACUAUUCCCACUCCUCCAGAUGCUCCAAAUAUCACGCACAAAUGAGCAGGGCCGCGGUGGGAGUGGGCGCAGUGCGCUGCUGCCACUGAGGUGUUGUGCAUGAUGUUUGGAUGCUAGACUAGUUGCAUCUGACGGGAGAAGUUUGUGUUGUACCAGCGCAUGCCUUGGAAAGACUUAAGUAAUGCAAAAGGUUGUCCUUUUUUUUUUUUUUUUUUUUUUUAAUCUACUGACAAGUUGCUCUAGUAACCCAAAGAAGUGAAGGAGAAAGCAGCUGCCUCACCGCCCAGACAUUGAUUUGUUCAGAUGUUUCAAUGCCUCAUGAUACAAUAAAACCACAAAAAUUUUCUUAACA